AAGUCGAGCAUAAACGGAACCCGUGGAAUCCCGCAAGGCCACAUACGCGAGCGCCGCGAAGCUCCGGGAACGAAGGCGAGAAGGGAAGCUCACGAUUCUGCUGCCAUCUGUUCAGAACUUGAGAUCCAUCCAGUCCAAUCGCGUCGCAGGGUUUUAUUCCGCGGCGUUGAGAACCCAUGGCGAGGAAGAUGCUCGCCGACGGGGAGGCGCCUGUCGCCGACGGCGAGCAGUACGACUACGAUCUCUUCGUCAUCGGGGCGGGCAGCGGCGGCGUACGCGGUUCUCGCACCGCCGCCUCUUUCGGAGCUAAGGUUGCGAUUUGUGAGCUCCCGUUUCACCCCAUCAGCUCGGAUUGGCAAGGAGGACAUGGUGGGACGUGUGUGAUACGUGGUUGUGUUCCUAAAAAGAUAUUGGUGUAUGGCGCAUCUUUCCGCGGAGAAUUUGAGGAUUCGAAGAAUUUUGGGUGGGAGAUUAAUGGAGAUAUUAACUUCAAUUGGAAAAAGCUAUUGGAAAAUAAGACUAAUGAAAUUGUUAGAUUAAAUGGAGUAUACCAGAGGAUCCUUGGCAAUUCUGGUGUGACAAUGAUUGAAGGGGCAGGCAGUUUAGUUGAUGCUCAUACCGUUGAAGUUAGUCAGCCUGAUGGUUCAAAGCAAAGGUAUACAGCAAAGCACAUCUUGAUUGCGACUGGUAGCCGAGCUCAACGUGUCAACAUACCUGGAAAGGAGCUGGCUAUUACUUCAGAUGAGGCCUUGAGUUUGGAGGAGCUACCAAAGCGUGCUGUAAUCCUUGGUGGAGGAUAUAUUGCUGUUGAAUUUGCUUCUAUCUGGAGAGGGAUGGGUGCAGAAGUAGAUUUGUUUUAUCGAAGGGAACUUCCUCUAAGAGGUUUUGAUGAUGAGAUGAGAGAAGUUGUUGCAAGGAACCUUGAGGGAAGGGGAAUCAAAUUGCAUCCUGGGACAAAUCUGUCCGAGUUGAGCAAAACGGCUGAUGGCAUAAAAGUUGUAACUGAUAAAGGAGAGGAGCUUAUUGCAGAUGUUGUUCUAUUUGCUACAGGGCGCACACCCAACUCCGAUAGGCUGAACUUGCAAGCUGCAGGUGUCGAGGUUGACCAGAUUGGAGCCAUCAAGGUUGACGAAUAUUCUCGUACAUCUGCUCCUAGUGUAUGGGCUGUAGGUGAUGUAACAAACCGGAUCAAUCUAACACCUGUCGCAUUGAUGGAGGCUACUUGCUUUUCCAAAACUGUGUUUGGUGGCCAGCAAGUUAAGCCUGAUUACAGAGAUGUUCCUUGUGCUGUUUUCUCCAUUCCACCGCUCUCUGUAGUGGGCCUCAGCGAACAGCAGGCCUUGGAGGAAGCCAAGGGUGAUAUUCUUGUUUUCACUUCAUCAUUCAACCCAAUGAAGAACAGCAUAUCCAAGCGGCAGGAGAAGACUGUGAUGAAACUGGUAGUUGAUGCUGAAACUGAUAGAGUACUUGGUGCGUCCAUGUGUGGAUCAGAUGCACCUGAAAUUAUCCAGCUUCGGUGUGAUCCCCAGGGCAUUGCUGUUGCACUUAAAUGUGGAGCCACCAAAGCAAGCUUCGACAGCACGGUCGGAAUUCACCCUUCGGCUGCCGAAGAGUUUGUGACCAUGCGGACCUUGACCAGGCGCGUGAGCCCGUCCAAGCCAAAGACGAAUUUGUAAGCAACAUCGGUGUUUUGGGGACUACACAUGUUGUUUGUACGCAGACUGUUUCCAUUUUUGUGAUUUUACAUCAUUCGAACUGGAGCACUAUAUUAUAAAGGAAUAAGAUUUUUGCGUAACAGCCAUAUUUUUCUCGGCCUUUUAACUCUUGUGGUGCCCACAAAAUAAUGAGGUCGUGAAGCUUCAUUGGUAAAGUUUGAAA